AUGCGUUACUCUACUCUCACCGUUCUUGCUAUCGCCCUUCUUACCGGCAAUGCCUUGACUGCUCCCAUGCCCCAAGGCGGCGCUGGUGCCGUCGGAGGUGGUAACGGUGGUGGCUUCGGAGGCGCCAACGGCAACACAGGCAACACCGGCAAUGCAGGCAAUGCAGGCAACAACAAUGCCAACAACGGCCAGAACGGCAACACCAACAACAACCAGGCUCCUCCUCCUCCCAACAACAACAACAAUAACAACAACGGCAACAACCAGCAGCAGCCCCCUCCUCCCAACAACAACGGAAAUGCCAACAAUGCCAACACCGCUAACAACGGUGCCAACAAUGCGAAUGGAGGAGCCGCCGGUGCCGGCCGUAACGCUGCCGGCAACGGGGCUAACACGGCCGGAGCUGGAGCUGGAGCCGGAGCCGGAGGCAACAACGGCAACUUCGCCAGAGCUGUCAACCCCAACCAGCAACCUCCUCCUCCUCCCGCCAACGGCAACCCGCCUCCUCCUAAGCCGAACCAGGCCAGAGCCGUGAACCCCAACCAGCAGCCUCCCCCGCCUCCUGCGAACGGCAACACUCCUCCUCCCAAGCCGAACGGAGCUCGUGCUCUCAACCCCAACGAGCAGCCUCCCCCGCCCCCUGCCAACGGCAACCCUCCUCCUCCCAAGCCUAACCAGGCCAGAGCUGUCAGCCCGAACCAGCAGCCGCCUCCUCCUCCCGCCAACGGACAGACUCCUCCUCCUCCUAAGCCGAACCAGGCCAGAGCCGUGAACCCAAACCAGCAGCCUCCUCCUCCUCCCGCUAACGGCAACACUCCUCCCCCUCCCAAGCCAAACGGCAAGCGUGCUGUCAACCCCAACCAGCAGCCUCCCCCGCCUCCUGCGAACGGCAACACUCCUCCUCCCAAGCCCAACCAGGCCAGAGCUGUCAACCCGAACCAGCAGCCUCCCCCUCCCCCGGCGAACAACAACGACCCGCCUCCUCCCAAGUCUAACCAGGCUAGGGCUGUCAACCCCAACCAGCAGCCUCCUCCUCCUCCCGCCAACGGCAACACUCCUCCGCCUCCCAAGCCUAACAGGGCUCGCGCUGUGAAGAACAACCAGCAGCCUCCCCCUCACCCUCCCGCCAACCAGCAGGCCCCUCCCCCUCCUGCUAUCUAG